AUGAAUUACACUGAUGUAGACGACAAGAUCAUAGUACGAGCUCGACAACAACAUCUGCUCCGAGUUUUUAAACAGGAACGAUUAGAGGCUACUUCAGAUGUUACUGGAACCAGACUUGCAGCCCUAGAGGCGUAUCUGACCAAGAAUCUACCAAGAAUAUCUCAGAGUACAUCUCCUGAAAAUGUUGAGUCGGAGAUAACAAAGCACUACUCUGCCGUGCUGUCAGGGCAUCCAUUGGAUCCAGGGACCCUUCCAGGAGACAGAGAAGCCAAAGUCAAAAUGCACAUCAAAACCGCUCGUGGUGCAUCAACCGCAAUAGGUGGUCUCGAGCAGGGGAGAGACCUAUCAGAGGACAAUCUCGCAGAUCUUGAGGACGUCAUCAUGCCGUGGCUUGAUCAGAAGUUCGGGUCUUCCGUCGCUGAAAAAGCCAUAUUUUUGGAGUUAACGAAAAAUUUCGAAGAACGCUUUGAACAGGACAUGGUAAAUCUGAACUGUCUUGCUCCUGAUAUAAUUACUCGCGUUAGCGACUAUGCUGCUCAAAUUGUGAAAUUUGUCCAGGUAAUCCAGCAGAAUGGAUUCGCAUAUUCUUUAGGAGGCUCCGUCUACUUCGACAUCGAAGCUUUCGAAGCUGCUGGAAAUACCUACGCUCGACUCGAGCCGUGGAGUCGACAGGAUGCCAAGCUCAUAGCGGAGGGAGAGGGAUCGUUGACAGAAGCAGCGUCGGAAAAACGAUCGACUGCCGAUUUCGCUUUGUGGAAAGCGUCCAAGCCUGGUGAGCCGAGCUGGGACAGUCCUUGGGGAAAAGGCAGGCCGGGGUGGCAUAUCGAGUGUUCUGCAAUGGCGGUCGAUAAGUUAGGUGAUCGGAUCGAUAUCCAUUCCGGUGGAAUUGACCUCUCAUUUCCACACCAUGAUAAUGAGAUCGCGCAAAGCGAGGCAUACUUCUGUCAUGGCAAGAAAAGCCAUCAACAAUGGGUUCAAUACUUCUUUCAUACCGGCCAUUUAUCGAUCAGCGGUGCUAAGAUGAGCAAAUCUCUCAAGAAUUUCACGACCAUAAGACAAGCACUCAACAGCGGAGAUUGGACUCCUCGCGGGCUGCGAAUUGUGUUUUUGAUGCAUAGCUGGAGCGAUGGUAUCGAAAUAAACGAGGGGUCGAAAGACAAGGGCUCCUCUUGGGAAGAGAAGCUAAAUAACUUCUUCAUCAAUGGUAAAGCCGUUUUGGAAGACCCUGAUCAUGUCGGUAUCAAGGAUAGCAAGCAUGAUCUUGACGGCGAGCUUGAGAGAAAGAAGCAGGAGACUUACGAAGCACUUUGCGAUUCUUUCGACACGCCUACGGUAAUGGACAAUAUCUCCAGAUUGAUCACAGCGUAUAACACUGUGGACCCGUCGACUGUAUCCCAGGCCACGACAAAGAGUAUCGCGUUUUGGGUGACUGAAAUGGUAAACAUGUUCGGGCUUAAUGGAAUCGCUACUCCUGAGACCGCUACCACCAUUGGCUGGUCAGGAAUCGACGUACCAGAAGGUUCUAAGCCAAUACUCAUCAGUCUCUCGAAUCGACGUGACUCUCUCAGGAGAAAAGCGAAGGCAGACGCGGUGGUCAAAGAUGAUUUGACCCCAAUUCCCAUACCAGUUUCUUCUCACACAUUAUCAGAGGCACAGACAAGGACUCGUGCGUCUUUUGCGGAAGUCCUCAAGAAUGUCAAUCAAGACAUAGACGCUCUGGACGCCACCAAAAGCGCCAAGGAUCUCUCCAAGGAUGUCCUCCGCCUGUGCGACAGAAUUAGAAAUGUUGAUCUUUGGGAUAAUGAUGUAUAUCUUGAAGACCGCGAAGGCAACAAGCCAGCCUUGAUCAGGCUGGUCACUAGGGAGCUACGAGCGACGAAGGAGCAAGAGCAAGCGCGAGAGCGGAAGAAGCAGGAGGACAAAGAGAAGCGGGAGAAAGACGCAGCUGCAAAGGUUGAGAAGGGCCGCUUGAGUCACAAGGAAAUGUUUCGAUCACUGGAAUUCAGCGCCUGGGAUGAUGAUGGGCUGCCAACGAAGGAUAAAGAGGGAGAGGAAAUCUCGAAGAGCAGGAAAAAGAAGCUGCAGAAGGACUGGGAGAGGCAGAAGAAGCUGCACGAGGUAUGGACGGAGGCACAGAAGAAGUAA